UUUAUGCACUUUUCAGAUAAACAGAUCAGUCAAAGUAUCAGUAACUAUCGGACUACUUAACUGAGAGGAUCCCUGCUGCCAGGGAUCGGUUCACUUUGCUUCAGUUUAGCUGCGGGACAGCUGUGAAUAAACGCUGGUUUUUGAGUUCCGGGGGUUGCGCUUACCUGAGGAGCAGAGUGCCAGGCAACGGUUUCCGCUCGUGCCGUGUUGUGGUGACUAGCCAUAGUCAUUAGCAGGGCUAGCUAGCUGUAUGACUGGUGUUGCUGCAGCAUAGAGAAAGCGGCAAUUAGCCAGCAAGCAGGCUACACUCACUCGUCUGUUUUCUUGGUUCUCUUUUUAAGACAGUUCGCCAUCUCUGCUGAUAACACAUUAUGUGCUGGGUGCUGCAGUAAGGAAGGUCAGCAGAUGGAAAAAUGAUAUUUAUACCCAGUGGAUUACUCAUCACGCCUUUCGAAAUUGUGGAGUGCUUUUCUCCUUAGCAUCAUGCGUUUCUACAAAUCAAGCCUAGUCUCCUGCUGCAGAGAUUUCACCUCCUUACGUUUGGAUUUAUCCGCCAGUUUUUAAAGACGGUCCUCAUCAUCUUCUUCUUCUUUUUAGUGUCGUUCUUGUUAUUAUUUUUUAAAGUGCUUCCGGUAAAACAUUAACUAUGUGUCUAUGCGGGUUGGAUAUGCUCAGAUAAACACAAGCGUGAAGUCGUGCGAAGGGAAGCCCAAAGAAGGAAGUCCAGGACGGGAUAGGCACGCAGAAACUACCCCGCGUCCCAAAGAAACAUGGCCUCGGUGUGGAAGAGACUGCAACGUGUGGGGAAGCAUGCGUCUAAAUUCCAGUUCGUGGCUUCCUAUCAGGAACUAAUGGUGGAAUGUACUAAGAAAUGGCAACCAGACAAACUGGUGGUGGUUUGGACGCGUAGAAGUCGACGGAAAUCCUCAAAGUCUCACAGCUGGCAGCCUGGCAUUAAAAACCCCUACAGAGGAGUCGUGGUGUGGCCUGUACCAGAAAACAUUGAGAUCACGGUCACUCUUUUUAAGGACCCCCACGCAGAGGAGUUUGAGGACAAAGAAUGGACGUUUGUCAUUGAAAAUGAGUCUCCAUCAGGGCGGAGGAAGGCCUUGGCCACUAGCAGUAUAAACAUGAAACAAUACGCCAGUCCAAUGCCCACACAGACAGAUGUCAAGCUGAAGUUUAAGCCCCUGUCCAAGAAGGUGGUGUCAGCCACGCUGCAGUUCUCCCUCUCCUGCAUUUUCCUCCGCGAGGGGAAGGCCACUGAUGAGGACAUGCAGAGCCUGGCCAGCCUGAUGAGCAUGAAACAGGCGGACAUUGGCAACCUGGAUGACUUUGAGGAGGAGAAUGAGGAGGAUGAGGAGAACAGGGUCAACCAGGAGGAGAAAGCUGCGAAGAUAACAGAGCUGAUUAACAAGCUGAACUUCCUGGAAGACGAGGAUCAGGAUACGGCUCCCGCCAUGAACAACAAUCCUUUUGAUGAGCCCGAUGUCGACCUUCAUCCCAACCAUCUCAACCCAUUUGAUGAUCCUGAUGAGGAAGAGCCCCCUGCCCAGCCGGUCCUACGUCAGCGGGCUGACGACAGUUCCUUUUAUGACCACGACUCCUCAAAUCCGUUCAACGAGCCAGAUGAGCCAGAGACACAAGCAUGUCCGGGGAACCCCUUUGAUGAGCCUGACCAGGACAGAGACCCUCAGCCAGAUCCAGAACCUCCCAAACCCAGGCAGAGGAAAGGUGUCCGGCCCGUUGACAUGAGCAAGUACCUGUAUGCGGACACUUCUCACAACGAGGAGGAGCUCGACAAAUCCAACCCAUUCUACGAGCCAAGGACAUCGAGCCCUGUGCAGCAGGAUGCUGGUGGCCCCUCACCUGAUGUGGCCAGCAGCCAGAAGAGGAGAGCUCCCCCACCCCCGGGCACUAGCCCUGGGCUCGGCCCCAGUUUACCACCCCACAAACCCACAUCUGGCCCUGAUGGGGAGAGAGCCCAGCCCGUCGGGCCCAGCCCAGUGGCAGCAAUGAUAGGGAGAGAGCUGGCCUCCUCUUCCCCCAAGCCCAGCCCAGUCCCAAGCCCCAUUCUGGGAGGAAAACCCAAUGCCAGCCAGUCCCUGCUGGCCUGGUGCCGCGAGGUCACGAAGAACUACCGUGGGGUGAAGAUCACCAACUUCACCACGUCCUGGAGGAACGGGCUGGCCUUCUGCGCUCUGCUGCACCAUUUCAGACCCGAUUUGAUAGACUACAAGUCGCUCAAUCCUCAGGAUAUUAAAGAAAACAACAAAAAGGCAUAUGACGGCUUCGCCAGCCUCGGCAUCUCUCGUCUCCUGGAGCCAUCCGAUAUGGUGCUGCUGGCCAUUCCUGACAAACUAACAGUAAUGACCUACCUGUAUCAGAUCCGGGCCCAUUUCUCUGGCGAGGAGCUCAAUGUGGUGCAGAUAGAGGCCAACAGCAACCGCAGCACCUACAAAGUGGGUGACUUUGAGACUGAUACAAAUGCAUCAAUAGACCAGGACAAGUUCUACGCUGAACUGAACGAUGUGCAGCCCCGCAAGGCUGACUCUCAGGCUGCUGUUUCUGCCAGCGGUGCCACCACUGAAUCUAACAGAGCUGAAGCUACUGAGGGAGAGGUGAAGGAGCAAGGUUUGAAGGCCGAGGUAGGAGCAGUUCCUGCCGGCUUGUCGGCUCCAGCGCUGUCACAGUCUCCUGUCCCAUCACCGCGCACAGUAUUAGUUUCCACAGCAACAAACUCAACCUAUGUGAUGGCGUCAGGCUCUGAGGACAGGGGAAAUCUACAGAAAGCAAACACUUUAGACCUUAGUGAGUUACCACAGCGAGUGGAGAAGGAGAUGGAGAAGGAAAGGCAAAACAAGGAUGAACCAGGAGAGCAGAGAGGAGAGGGAGCUCCCGAACCAGCGUCCCCUACCAGGAGAGGAGCUUCUUUGUCCCACUCGCCACCCCAUCCGAAACUGGGCUUCUCCUACAACAGGGAUGCCGACCUCAUCAAGAAAAAGAGAGCAAGCCUGCGUCACUCAGAGUCUGAGCCUGCAUCAGAUACCAGCUCUUCUCCAGUGAAUCAUACAGAUGCCCCAGUCAAACAGGAGCCACGACCUGCCCCUGUGUCGAGCCCCCCAGCUGAGAAGAAGGUCCUCUCUCGUCAGGAGGAGUUGAAGGAGAGAGCCAGACUCCUCUUGGAGCAGGCCCGCAGAGAUGCUGCGAUGAAAGCCGGCAGCAAAUACAUCUCCAACUCAGCUGCAGCUGCACCAAACAGAGCUGCAGGUGUCUGUGAUGAGCGGGAUGCUGAGCGGCGAAGACAGCUGAGAGAACGAGCCAGGCAGCUGAUAGCCGAGGCUCGAUCCGGAGUCAAGAUGUCCGACAUGAGCCUGCUGGAUCCAUCAAGCAGUGGUAAAGGUGGCAAGGCGGGCACUGCUGGAGAUGUUUUGGACGGAGUCAGAAGUCAUCAUGAGGAUGUUGGUGUUACUGGUGUAAGGGGUGAGGAUGAGGGAGAUGUGAGGGCUGAGGAGGAGCAGUUCCACUUCGGUGGUGAUGAUCAUGCUGUUGAUUCCGCUGCCACAUCUGCAUCUGCACUGCCUACUAACCUGCUGCCACUGGAGGCUCUUCCAACUACUUCCAGCACUCAGGGCCCCCUGGAGCUUACUAACCCCAGCUCUGAGCUAACCUUUUUGGGUACAAACAGUAAGCAUGUGGAUCUGAAGCUGAAGAAGCUGGUGGAGGUCAUCCCAAGAGGAGUCACUUCUCCUUCAUCCCCGUCUUCCACCUCCUCCUCAUCGUCACCCACCGGCUCCUCCUCUACCUCCCCACUCAGCCCUGCAGAAGGACUGGAGAAUAAUGCAGAGGAGUUGAGAGCUGAGAGGCUGCGCAGAGCCACGGAGAGGUUGCGAAACCCAGUUGUCUUCAACAAGGACUCUGCAGUCAGGAAAACACAGCUCAAGUCCUUCAGCCAGUAUGUGGAGAGCAGACCAGAGAUGAAAAGACAGAAGUCUGUUCCUGAGGAUCAGAAGAAGGCUGAGGAGGACAGAGGUUCACCCAUAGAGGUUGAUGUUCGCAGACCGUUUGAAGAGGAGAAGGCGUUCAAAGACACCAGUCAGUAUGUGGUUGGGGAGCUGUCUGCACUGGAGAGCGAGCAGAGGCACAUAGACGCCCGAGCAGCUCGCGUGGAGAAGAGGCUGCGCUAUCUCAUGGACACAGGCAACAACAAGGAGGAGGAGGAGGCCAUGAUGCAGGAGUGGUUCAUGCUGGUCAACAAGAAGAACGCCCUCAUCAGGAGACAGAACCAGCUCUCUCUGCUGGAGAAAGAGCACGAUCUGGAGAGGCGUUUCGAACUGCUGAACAGAGAGCUGAGAGCCAUGCUGGCCAUCGAGGACUGGCAGAAGACCGAGGCCCAGAAGAGACGGGAGCAGCUGCUGCUGGAUGAGCUGGUCAUACUGGUCAACAAGCGAGACGCGCUGGUCAGGGACCUGGACGCCCAGGAAAAAGAGGCCGAGGAGGAGGACGAGCACCUGGAGAGGACGCUGGAGCAGAACAAAGGCAAGAUGGCCAAGAAAGAGGAGAAGUGCGUCCUUCAGUGAUUGUCAGCAAACACAACCAACAAAUGUAGCCGAUAAAAGAAAUGUAUCACAUGAUUAUUAUCGAUCAUUUUAUUUGAUAGAGGAGUCGAGACAUUUCUGUCAGUUAUUGGAAUCCCUUUGAGGUUUAUGUUCGGGUCAGAUUAACCGCAGAGACUCGGCUGAGCGAAGAGGCCCUGCGACACCUUUGCACCAACUUUUUACGGACUCGGACUGUCCCCCUUUAUUUUAUUUUAUUUUUUUAAAUUUGAACUCUGCUUUAGUUUCUCGAGAACGGUACCUGUGUAACAAACAUGAAUACGUGUGAGACGAGGGCAGCGCACAGCCUGUGUGCAGCUCGCUCCGUCUGAAUGUGGAGACCAGGCACAGUCUGUGGUGGAUUUGAGGUACAGCACAACAAUGGGGGAAAUUUUACUCUUAUUUGUUUUCUUUUCUUUUUCUUUCCCCCCAUCAUAUUCAGAAGAUGAUGAGGUGGGUUGACUUUUCAGUCAGACUUUUUAAAGAAAAACAAAGAGAUAACAUCGCUCUUUUCAAGCUACUUCAUUACUUGACCGUAUCUUUUAAUUAUCUCACUUUUUACUUGUAAAAUAUCUUAACUUGGGAAGCAUUACUGUUCACAAAUCUUGACUUUCCUAUUGCUUUUUUAUCGUCUUGGCUUGAAAGCAGUUUACCAAAACAAAGAAAGGAAAAAAAAAACAAACACUUGUUGUAUAUUUUCAUCACUGCUCUGACCAACAGCUUCCAAAAUCUUUUUUUUCCUCCAUCAGGAGUCAUGCAGUCAGAAAACAACAGAUAUAUAUAUAUAUAUUAUUUAUUGCCAUUUGUCCUAUAAGCUGCUUGUUAAGUGAAUCUACCAUCACGUUUCAUUUUGCUCAACGACUUUUGGUUUCUAUUUAUUGUAUUCAGAAGAAGAGAAAUAUGCUUCCAUCUCUUAGAGCUCCACAUCUUGUGCAGCUGUUCUUUUUACGUGUGAACAUUUAUCUGAUUAUUUAUUCCAGUGUCAUAACCCAAGUCUUCAGUAAUAAAGUCUUUAUGAUUUCAUAC